CUUAACAGAAAUACAUUAUUAUCACGAAACGUUGGAUAGGUUUAUUACACCAGAAACACAGACUAAGUCACUAUAGUCAAUACUGUAAUUUUUACUCGUUAAGUAAGAGGAAAUUAAAGUACAAACCUAGCCAAUUGGUUCUUCUACACGUUGACUCCUGAGAUAUUCCUUUCAACCAAAUAAAUAUUUCCAAAAUCCUUGAGUAAAGAACUAUAGAAAAUCGACUGUCCUCGGAAUACGACUUUGCUCAGGAAACGGGUACUUAGUGCAUGACGUGCUUCGAGAAAACUUCAAAGCAAGGCUCGUCAUGGUUCAUUACUUGCAUCACUGAACCGUGAAUAACAGCCGUAACGCUUCGAUACGCUCAUUUAACUAAACCAAUCACGUCUCCGUAUUCUGGGGCUCUACAAUUGUGUGAAAUUUCAUUAUAAUGCGAACUUAAAACUUGAGAAUUAUUGAGGAAUUAGUAUAUAUUUCAAUAUACCGAAGAAAAAGGCACCAUAAUCUAAUAGGCCACGUAUUUUUUUAUAUUUCAAUUUCAUAUUUGCUCUGAAUUUCAACAGUCUUGCCAAAGUCAAAAUACAACGCGUUAAACUAUAACAAACAAAAUAUCAUGUCGCUUGUUGAUCUAUGCAUACCCCUUUAUUAUACUUAUGCACUUGCUCAACCGUUGAAGCAUACUUUGAACUAAAAAUCAAAUUAGCUUGACAAUAUGUAGUGGAAUUUUUGGAUGAAAAAGAUGAAAAUUAUCUACACGAUAGAAAAUUUUAUCGAAAAUUUGAGGAUAAGAUAUGCAAGCCCAGAAGGAAAAGAAAAUAAAGUGCAAAAUAAUCAUGAAUAAUUAACCAGGUUGCAACGGGUAGUUUUGUGUUCGUUACAAGAGCACCAGUUUUUUGCCGUUUGUUUUCAUAUUAGAGUUCAAAAUCACGGCUAUUUCUAUAAAUAAAUUAUUAGGGACAGAAGUUUGAUCGCUCGCCCGUUCGCUGAAUCUGUUCUUUAUUUGAAAAUUUAGUUUGUUUCGCCUAAAAAGGAGGGACUUCUUUUGGAAGGUAUGGUUUUCAAAAGUUACUAAACGAUAGAAAUACUUUGGAACUUUUAGGAGUAUAUUUGAAAUUUCAGUGAUCAUGCACAUUAUAGUUUUAUGCAUUGGUAUCAGUAUUCAUCCUUUGUUUUCGAUAUAUUAUUGUGUAAACUUUGGUUAAAGUGGUAGUAAUGAGAGUGAAUCCUUAAUCAAUGCUACUUUUGGUGGUUAUAUUUCCAAUGUAACAAUGAUAGGAUAACAAAAUUAAAAUUUCCUAAAAAGUGGUUACUUCUUCUGUAGUCGUCUUAAUCAACCAUGGCAUCUAACAGACUGCUCGUAUGUCUUGGUGUCUUAUUAUUAUCGAGUGCUAUUUUGGGAAAAUCUGUUCAUAAGAAACAUCAUAAAAAAGGUUAGUGCAUGCACUCAUGUUAUAUGAAUACAACACACGAGUGUGCAAUAUGGAGUAUUACGGUAAUUAAUAAUGGUGUCGGUUAUAGUAUCUAUUUUUAUUGCAAAAACUGGACAAGCUAGUUAUGUAAACUGAAGAGGGAUGUAGGGAGAAUGAAAAUUGUUUAUAAACGGCGACUCUAACUACGGUAUUCAUAACUAAAAUAUAUUUACUAACUGCAUUUAUAGAAAGUUCUUUAAAUGAUAUCUAUACAUAUAAAAUACACCCAUCUUACCCUCCUUGUAUGUCAUAUUCCAAAUUUACUAUAAUUUUAUCCUUCCUAAUCGGCGGACCAAAAAUCCGCUCAGUCAAUAAAUUCAAUUAUGCUGUAAUAUAUACGAUCGUUCUUAUCUAUACGACAGGCGCAUGAUAUUGCUAUUAUACAAAUCUUAAAAUUUGAAUUUACUGAAAACAGACUUUUUAAAUAGUAAAAUAUUUAUACAAAGCGAGAGUGCAAACGUAAGCUAAAACUAAGAGGAGUUUAAUUAUUUAAAAAAUGUGUAUACCGAUGUUCAUUAUAGUUCCUCACACAUGACGGUCAGUUCUGCAUGUAACUGGAACAAGUUUAUUAGAAGCACGUAGACUGUAAAUGGGAGAUUUUCGUACUGAAUGAGUUCGGGCAAGGAAGAGGACUGUAGAAGAACGUUUGGGGAUAUCAAAGACUGCCACAUCGCUGCAUGAAAUUGUCGGAUCAGUAUUUUCAGCUCUUGACUGAAUGGAUGUUAUGAUAAUCAUGAAUAACAAGCAUGAAAUACAAGAUUAAUUUACAUUACAACACAUGACUCGUCCCCAUUCCAUCAUUUUGCGUUCUAGUGUUCUCAUUAGAGUUUUCCCAGCGAUCACUGCGCGAAUGUUUCAGAGGAAUUUUGAGGGACAAUACCAGAAAGAGUAUAUACAGAGCAAUACUGCUAAGUAUGGAAAUUUUCCACGAAUAGUCGAAUACUCCAUAGAUUCACGGCAGGACUAUGAAUGUACACACUCCAACUGAACAGAGGCAAGAUGAAUUUUAUGAAGCGUAGCUGUCGAAAGAUUAAACUACCUUUGCCUGUUUUAUCUGUUUACGCUUCACUUAUUGAUUGACUCAUUUCGUCGAGCAGUCAGCGUAACUUCCUAACAUGAUGUAUAGUCAUUGGCUAACAAUAGUUUUGUUUGUAAUAUGCUUGUAUAAGACCAAAGCUAAGGGAAACCUGAAUCGAAUACAAGACUUGAAGCGGUAACCUCGAGAUGCUAGCCUGAAGCUCUGCCAGUUGAGUUGAUGGAACCGAAUGACACACUGAGGUAAAUUCGGACAUUUCGACUAUUUAUUAAGUUCUGUUUUGUAUUUCCAGCAACGAAAGAAUGCAAACCUUCUAAGAAACAGAUGGGAUGUCCAGGACAAUGUCCGUCAUCUUGUGCUCCUGCAUGUCAAUCGUCAUGCUGUGGUGGCGGCGCCGCCGGAGGGUUUGGUGGAGCUGGAGGGUUUGGUGGAGCUGGAGGGUUUGGUGGAGCUGGUGGGGCUGCUGGAUUUUCCAGUACACCUAAUGCUAAUAAUGCAGGACCACAGUAUAAAGGUGGACCAGCACCUAUUGCACCACCACCUAUGCCACAUGGAGUGAUGUUACCACCAGCACCUCAAACACCAUGCCCACCUACACAUAUCUACAAUACACAGCAUGAUGAGACUCACGAAUGGAAACAACCACCAGGAGCAAAACCACCACCACCCCCUGCACCACUACCACCACCACAGAAGAUCAACACCAUCCAACAUGUUAUUCAUCAUCAUCAGAAACCACCACCACCACCAAAGCCGGCGCCACCACCUCCACCACCAAAACAUCAAUAUCAAACAAUGAAUGAUGAGGACCAUGCUUGGGCACCAAUACCACCACCACCACCAGUGCCAGCACCACCCGCUGCACCAAGACCUGUGAACAAGAUUAUUCACACUGUCGUACAUCACCAUGUAGAGCCCUCAGCCCCUGGACCACCACCUCCUUGUAUGCCACCACCAUGUAUGGGACAACAGAACUGCUGUGGAAAAUAAAGGAUUGGUCAAGUAAAGUUAGCAGGCGAUAUUGUACAAGGUUUUACACCUAAUGUAUAUUAUAUUAGAUUAUUAGAAAUGCUAACGUUUCAUUGCCCAAGUUGUAUUAACCUAACUGGACAAUGAAACAUUGUGAGCUAUUAUUAACUAUGUCUGAGUUCUGAUUUCUACCUUAGAAGGUACUUGCCUACCAUCGAGGAAACUAGUCAAUGACUCUAGUUACUAAACUUUGUUAAUAAAUUUUUGUUUAUUGUGUAAUAUAAUAUCAAAUAUAUUUUUCACAUGUAAAAUAUAUAAACCCACGCAAGAAUGUGUUUGCAUUGAAAGUAUUUGGAGCUAUAUUGAGUCAUUUGCUAUUAAUCUAAAGCUGGUUUG